AUGUAUCGUCCAAAGUGGACACCAUUCCCCCCAUGCCAGACAUACCCUUGCAAAGAUGUUAUGUGCUGCAGUGAUCACCAUAAGUACAGGGUGACAUGGCCGGAGCUGAUGGGUGCCGAACCCGAAACCGCAAAGGCUAUCAUUGAACGUGACAAUCCCUACGUAAAAGCCGUUAUUCUGCACCGAGAGGAGGUGACGCGCGACGACUUCUGCUGCAAUCGAGUUUAUGUCAAACUUGAUGCCAACAAGCGUGUCUAUUUGGUUCCUCAAGUUGGUUGA